AUGAACCGCCGCGACUGGCUCUCCCUCGUCGCCGUCCACUCCGACUCGUGGCUCCUCUCCGUCGCCUUCUUCUUCGGGGCGCCGCUCACCGCCAACGAACGGAAGCGCUUGUUCAGCAUGAUCAACGAUCUUCCAAACGUGUAUGAAAGUAUGGUUGACAGGAAGCACAGGGACAGGUCUGGUGUUGAUAGCAGUGGCAAAUCCAGGCACUCAUCAAAGCCAAAGCAACGAACUGAUGAUGUCCGCCCAAAGAACUCCAGAGCAGUUGCUCGAGAAGAAGACGACGACAAUGACGAAGAACACAGUGAAACCUUUUGCGGAAGCUGCAACGGCAUAUACAAUGCAAGCGAGUUCUGGAUCGGCUGCGACAUGUGCGAGCGGUGGUUCCACGGCAAAUGCGUGCGGAUAACCCCGGCCAAGGCGGAUCACAUAAAGCACUACAAGUGCCCUGAAUGCAGCAGCUCCAAGAAAAUCAGGCAGUAG